AGAAGGCAGCGUGGGGAAGGGAGUGUGCACUCUCUCUCUCUCUCACACACACACACACACAGACACAGUGUUGAGAGUGAGAAGGAGGCAGGCAGAGAAGCCGCGCAGACUACAACAGGGCAGACAGGCAGAGGGCAGCGCUCCAGCCUCCGGGAGGGUGAAGCCUGAGAUAUGGGCAAGGCGGAGAGAGAAUGAGCCGGAGAUCCCAGCUCCCAGCAGCAGGAGCAGGAGCAGGAGCAGAGCAGCGGCGCCCAAGAUGAGUAGUAACAGCAGCAGCAGCAGCCCCGGCUCGGGAUCAUGCCGCUUCGCCGAUUACUUCGUGGUAGCGGGGAUCGACACUGACAGUGGGCUGGAGCCUGAUGAACUCUCGGCACUAUGCCAGUGGCUAGAAGCAAAGCGAUAUAGCAGGAGACAAGACACUCCAUGUCCAAACAAAGCUUCAGGAGAAAACUUUGAUCAAAGCCCAUUGAAGAGAACAUUCAAGUCCAAAGUUUUAGCUCACUAUCCCCAGAAUGUUGAAUACAACCCUUUCGAUCAAGAUGCAGUCAAUAUGCUCUGCAUGCCAAAAGGACUUUCCUUCCGAACGCAGUCGGAGAGCAGAGAGCCGCAGUUCCAUUCCUUCCUCAUCACGCGCGAGGAUGGCUCACGUACCUACGGCUUUGUGCUCACCUUCUACGAAGAGGUCACCUGCAAGCAGAUCUGCAGCGCCAUGCAGACGCUCUACCAGAUGCACAACGUGGAGCAGUACAGCGGCGUUUACGCUUCAUCCUCGUGCAGCAUGGACUCGCUGGCGAGCAGCAUCGACGACGGCGACAGCACCUCCCUGGCGAAGCUUCAGCGGUACAACUCGUACGACAUCAGCCGGGACACCCUGUACGUGUCCAAAUGUAUCUGCCUCAUCACCCCGCUGCCCUUCAUGCAGGCCUCUCGCAAGUUCCUGCUGCAGCUCCACAAGGCGGUGACCUCCCAGCAGCCACCGCCCCUGCCCCUGGAGAGCUACAUUCACAAUGUCCUCUAUGAGGUGCCCCUGCCUCCUCCUGGCCGCUCGCUAAAGUUCUCCGGGGUCUACGGGCCUAUCAUCUGCCAGCGGCCGGGGCUGACUGAGUUGCCCCUGUUUGACUUCCCGCUGAGGGAAGCCUUUGAGUUGCUGGGCUUGGAAAAUCUGGUUCAGCUGUUCACGUGCGUGCUUCUAGAGAUGCAGAUUCUUCUGUACUCACAAGAUUACCAGCGGCUGAUGACGGUAGCUGAGGGAAUCACGACGCUCCUCUUCCCCUUCCAGUGGCAGCAUGUCUACGUUCCCAUUCUCCCGGCUUCCCUGCUGCACUUCCUCGACGCUCCUGUUCCAUACCUGAUGGGCUUGCAGUCCAAGGAGCCCAAUGACCGGUCCAAGUUGGAGCUGCCGCAAGAGGCCAAUCUGUGCUUUGUGGACAUUGACAACCACUUCAUCGAGCUGCCAGAGGACUUCCCCCAGUUCCCGAACAAGCUGGAGUUUAUCCAGGAGAUCUCUGAGGUGCUGCUGCAGUUUGGGAUCCCACCCGAGGGAAACCUGCACUGCAGCGAGAGCGCCACGAAGCUGAAGAACCUGGUACUGGAUGACCUGGCCAACGACAAGAAGAACGGAAACCUGACCGGCAACACCAUCAACAUGUACGAGCUGCUGAAGGGCAACGAGACAUUGGCUCGGCUUCAGGCGUUGGCCAAGCGCACCGGGGUGGCUGUGGAGAAGAUGGAGAUCACUGCCCCACCGGCUGCGGCCAAGGAAAAGGACACAAAGUGCCACAGCAGCGAGGAUGAGCUACGGGAUUACAAGCUCACCGUGCAGCUCCGUGAAGUGUUCGCCAAUCGCUUCACCCAGAUGUUUGCUGACUACGAGGCCUUCGUCAUCCAGCCCACUCAGGACAUGGACGCUUGGCUCACCAAUCGGGAGCAGAUGCAGAAUUUCGACAAGGCCUCGUUUCUGUCUGACCAGCCAGAGCCCUACCUCCCCUUUCUCUCCCACUUCAUAGAAACGCAGAUGUUUGCAACUUUCAUUGACAACAAGAUUGUAUCACUGUGGGAGGAGAAGGAGCCCCUUCUCAGAGUGUUUGACUCACGCAUUGAGAAGAUGAAGAUCUACAGCGUUCGCAUCCCCACGUUACGCACCUCAAAUUAUCAGAAAUGCACUGUCUUGAAAGAAUCCGCCCUAGCCAUUGAGCAGCGCCUGGUGAAGAUUGACCACACUGCCAUCCACCCACAUCUGCUAGACAUGAAGAUCGGACAGGGCAAGUAUGAGCAAGGAUUCUUCCCCAACCUUCAGUCUGAUGUACUGUCAGCAGGCCCAACUAACAACAAUCGAUGGGCCAACCGAAGCUCCACAGCACAGCAGCGAAGGAAAGACCGGCUUCGGCAGCAUUCCGAACAUCUGACUCUGGACAAUGACCUGAAAGAGCCAGCUGGAAGCCUCCUGGUCCAGCACAACUCUAUGGCUUUCUGGGAGUGGGACCAGGGGCAGCACCCACCUGUACGACCUCCCAAAAAAUCCUUCUCCGAGUGCUCACUGAAAUACAUCCAGGAGGCCAGGAGUAUUGGAAAAAGCCUACGGCAACCCAAACUCUCCGACCUCUCCCCUGCUGUCAUUGCACAGACUAACUGGAAGUUUGUCGAAGGUCUGCUCAAAGAAUGUCGCAUCAAGACUAAACGGAUGUUGGUGGAAAAGAUGGGGCACGAGGCAGUGGAGCUGGGACAUGGAGAGGCCAAUAUUACUGGCUUGGAGGAGAACACAUUGAUAGCCAGCCUGUGUGACUUGUUGGAGAGAAUCUGGAGCCAUGGUCUGCUUAUCAAACAGGGGAAGUCAGCUCUCUGGUCACACCUACUGCACUAUCAGGAGACUGAGGAGAAGCGAGAGGCAACAGAAGAGAGACCAGUCACCGCGGCGCCUGAACGGCGAAGAUCAGACUCGGGAUUGAUCUUGCCAACCCUCCGAGUCUCCCUCAUACAUGACAUGAGGCACGUCCAAAACAUGAGUGAGAUCAAAACCGACGUCGGCCGAGCCAGGGCGUGGAUAAGGCUGUCCCUUGAAAAGAAGGUGCUUUCUCAACAGCUCAAGCAACUCAUGUUCAACGAAGGUCUUAUCAAGAAGUUGUACAAGCGUUAUGCCUUCCUGCGUUGUGAGGAUGAGAAGGAACAAUUUCUUUACCAUCUCUUGUCGCUCAACGCCGUGGACUACUUCUGUUUUACCAGUGUGUUCACGACAAUCAUGAUUCCGUACAGAGCUGUCAUUAUUCCCAUCAAAAAGUUGAGUAACUCCAUCACUACUUCCAAUCCUUGGAUCAGUGUGUCGGGCGAGCUCGGGGACACUGGGGUCAUGCAGGUUCCCAAGAACGUUUUGGAAAUGACCUUUGAGUGCCAGAAUUUAGGCAAACUGACCACAGUUCGGAUCGGACAUGACAACUCCGGUCUGCUGGCCAAGUGGUUAGUGGAUUGUGUGAUGGUCAGGAAUGAGAUCACCGGCCACACCUACAGGUUCCCCUGUGGACGGUGGCUUGGGAAAGGGGUAGACGAUGGCAGCCUGGAGCGGAUCCUGGUGGGUGAACUCAUCACCCCUGUGGUGGAGGAAGACCUGAGCAAACAGUGCCGCACUCCGCCUCAGCUCCGAUCACCGACUGUUGCCCGGCGACUGAGCAUCACGUCCCUCGGGGGGAAGUCAAACAAACCCAAUGCUGGCCAAAUCCAGGAAGGAAUUGGGGAAUCAAUAAAUAACAUUGUGAAACAUUUUCAUAAACCAGAAAAAGAGAGAGGCAGUCUGACCAUUCUGCUGUGUGGGGAGUUUGGCCUGGUCUCUGCCCUGGAACAAGUCUUUCACCACGGGUUCAAGUCCGCUCGACUCUUCCAGAAGAACGUCUUCAUCUGGGACUUCAUAGAGAAAGCCGUCACCUACUUUGAGACGGCGGAAGAUGACGAGGACUCUCAGGAAAACCUGCUGAAGCUGAAAGGCUGCUCUGCGAUGUUCUGUCAGUACGUCAAUGCCAUCACCGCAGCCCCCCGCAGCAUUGGGAAGGACGGCAAGUUACAGUUGCUCGUCUGUCUCGGGGCAAGGGAUCACCUGUUACCCCAGUGGAUUCCAUUGCUAGCCGAAUGCCCGGUGAUCUCCAGGAUGUACGAGGACGGUGCCCUGCUCCGGGACCACGCCGCUGUCAACUCGCUGAUCCGGGUGCUGCAGACACUGCACGACUUCAACAUCACACUGGAAGCCUCGCUGGUCAAGGGCAUUGACCUGUAACAUUGAAACUUCAGAGCUGCAGAGCCUGGCCUCACAUCCCUAUCCCCGCCCCUCUGCUCCCUUCCCCGCUCAUCCCACCCACUUAACCUCCUCUGACUGAAGCUGAUGGGGCUGGGGGAGGGGUCUCUCAACAUGGUGUCUGGACUACUGGUCAUGUGACACAGCUUGAAGACCGAGGUGAAACCCACCCUGCACCUGCCCUUGGGCCAAGGAGAUAGUAUUGACCAUUUCACGAAGGCGCUGGACAGAUGAGGAGGGUUGGCCUGUUCGAUGUGGGACCGUAAAUUGUACCUUCCUUAAAGGUUACGAUACUGUCAGACGACCGAUAGGACUCACUGGUUUGUGAAGAAGGGUUCCUGCUCCCCUCCGUCCAUGGUGUACUCACGUUGUGUAAAUACUGUGAGAUCUUCAUUAUCUUUGGUUUUUUUGCAUUAUGCUUGCGGGUACAUCUGUAGUUCAAUGAAGGUCACCUCUGAAUCCCAAUUUUGUGUGGGAUGCCGUGUGACCAGAGAGUGGGCCUCUCUACUUCCUCCAAAUUAUGUUUCUAUAUUUUUGCAGCCUCUCAUUCUUUCCCCGAAUCUCAAAGAUCCCGAACCUGC